UAACCCAAAUAGCAACGAAUGAACCCCUGCCCGGCUGCUCCCCUAAUCACCGCUUUCUCUAAGAAUUCUGCUACGCCGGAGUCUGGACCCCUCUCCUCUUCCCAACAAUUGCAGCGGCGACGGCACCCCGAGUUCAUCGCCGCUCAACCAGGUGACAACGACGACCACCGUCUCAGCACGACCAUAAUCGCCACCGUCCUCUCAUCCCUCCGCCAAGCCAAAUCCAAGGCCACUAGGGGCUCGAUCCUCUUCACCUCAUCUCAGGGUCGAUUCUUCUCCAACGGCUUCGAUCUGGGCUGUUCCAGAUCCGAGCUGGUCUCCCUCCCGAUGCUGACCGUCACCGUCGUCCAGGGUCACGCCGUCGCCGACCGGAGGGGGUUUUGUACAUGAGUCCAGGUCAGUCAGUUGUCAUCUACCUCUGGCUAAAGCUAAUUGCUCAACAAUUUAGUUGGUCUGAGUACUACUUCUGCUUCCCUAAAUUUCUAGCCCGUCGGUGGGAAGAAGAAAUAAUUAAAAAUAAGCUACUCAUCGUCAUGUAUGUAUAUGAUCCUGAAAUCAGCAUCGACGGAGGCUGAAUGAGUAAAGCAGAUCGAAAAGCAUCCUUCAUUUAGACCUCCAUCAUCAACUCACGCCGUCCAUCUUCCAAGUCCCGAAUACGUGAAGGCGGCCUAAUCCAUUUCUAUCAAUUUGGGCAAAUUAACACAAAGAGGAAAGCUAUGGAAGAAGGGAGACCUCCCUGGAGUUAAGCAAGGAGAAGGUUAGGGAGCAAUGUGAAACUACAAUUAUAUAUAGUUUCGUAAAUGUAGAUAUUAAAUUAUUAAUUUUGAGGAUUUUAUAUGGUUUUGAUGGUUCUUUUAAUGUAUCUUAGUGUUUUGAUCAAGGUUCAAGAAAGUGCUAGGCGUAAGGCGGGCGUUGAGCUCCUGUCUAGCGCUUGGCUCGCUUAGGCGUUGCCUAGGCGCGCCUAGGCGUUCCUAGAAAAAAUGAAAAAAAGUUCCCAUAAUUUUGAAUUUUCCGAAAUAACAACUUCACAACUAGCAACUAACUAGAAAUUACCAUUCACCAAACUCAAUUCUAUUCAGACUAAACACAAAUUUAACAUAAAUAUAUGUAUAAAAUUCAUCAACUAGAGCUGCUGUGUACAAUAAAACCCUCUACACUUACUCAUUUAAUCACACCAUGCUUUAAAUCAUUUGCUACCACCUUAUCAAUGUACUGAGAAUGUUAAUUUUGGAUCUAGAGAGCAUGAAAAUGGGCAUUUUUUAGCAGACCAAGGUUAACUGAAGACUAAUAAUGAGAUUAAAUUCCU